CAGCCCGCUUCCCUUCUCAAGACGUCGAUAGGCAUCACUAUCUCUGUGUAUGUAGAAUUUACCGUAGGAUUGCUCAUAGGCAGUGAGUGGACGGCUGCGCCCGCUGGUCUCUCCUUAUCCAUUCUCGCGUGCGAUAUCCGAAGUUCUUGCGUGUCCGCAUUGCCAGAGUUCGGCGACUGUCUUACGACCGGGCGAGCGUGCUAGUCCCGGCUCGCGUAACGUGGAGAUACCACUGCCAUAGGACUGUCUCAUUCGCAAGCCACGGUGCCUAUCAACAAUGGCAGCGGUCGGGGAGCAUGAGCUCGAGCAAAAGCAGAGCAAAACAGCACCUACGGAAACAGCACCAGAUAUAAAUUUUCCAUGGCCAACAUUACCCGCCCCAGUGCAAUCCCUUAUCGACCGCAUCACAUCCCUACCUCUCCUCAAUCCACCCCACUUGGCCACAUGGUCAACCGAAUCCGUCUUGCAAGGCUUGCACCUCGCAUACGAAGGGUCAGCGUUCACUCUUCGCGCCCCACGCGCACGAAGCGUUCUUUUCCGAGCCUUCUUCUACCUCGUUUUCGCCACAUUAAUUCUCGUUACAAUCACUCAUGCCGCGUUCCUACCUCUCCGCAUAAUACACUGGUUCGCGCACAUUCUUAUCCGGCCGAUUGUCGGCGAAAGGCUCGUCGGAUGGCUGAAUUGGGUGGUGGAUACAUUCGAUGCCGUCAUGAGGUGGUUUGUGAGAGUGACUCCGGAUGCGGGAAUGUAUCUGAUUCGGUACAUCUAUCCGGAACCGCUGGAUCGGGUGUUCUUUGAAACAUUGCGGGGUUUGACACUGACGAUGGCGAUACCGAAUGGUAAGGCGCGGUUCGCAUUGCGAUUUGCGCGGACGAUGGACGAAAAGGAGGAUCGCAAGAUAUCCACAUCGUCAGCAGAUUUAAGAUCGUAUAGUCAAGCCACACUGGGUAUCAUCGGCGGGAGGAAAAAGUGGACGUUGCGACUUCUCGCGUAUCUGCGCCGCUAUGCUCAACGACUGAUGUUACUGGGCGCCUUGUACAUAAUCUCUCUGAUACCCGUCGUGGGCCUCUUGAUAUGGCCGGGAGCGACGUUCUUCUAUCUGGGCAUGGCGAUAGGGUGGAGGCGUGCGGCGUAUACAUGUGCAGUGGGAGUUAUAUCGCCCCCGUGGUGGCGAUUUGUGAAGGGGCCGCUUUUGCGCGGAAUAUGGGGGUUCAGGUCGUUGGAGAGGGAAUUGAUUGAGCCAUAUCUGUGUCGGUCCAGCAUGGGGCAUGCACAGCGCCGAGCCUGGUUCAAUCGCAACGAAGCGCUCAUUGCCGGUUUCACACUCCCCUUCUGGUAUCUCGUCUCCAUCCCAUGGAUCGGGCCAAUGGCGUUUGGAAUCGCCCAAGGCGCAGCCGCACGGCUGUGCGUCGAUAUCUUUGAUCAGGUCGAUGUGGAUUCGUUGAGGGAAAAGCAUCGCAAGAUGGGUAUGACUCCGCCGGCACCCGCGGUUGGUGCCGCUGGAGAGAGGCCAGGGACGGGCGACAAGGCGGAUGGGAGUGCCCAAGCGCAGCCGGGCUUGGAGACGCAUUCUUCUGUCGCUGAGAAGCGCGGUUAGGGACGUGGCAAGAUUGCGUCAGCUGUCCACAUGAAGUGGAGCUCCCAUCGCUUUUCCCGCACAACAACAUUUUCGAACGCGUUGCUUCCAUACCACAUUAUUCUGGCGCGUGUAUAUAGUUCCAUAUCCAUUUACGUAUACCCAUAGAAAGAGAUAUGUGUGCGGUCGGGAAACAUUACUUCAUAAAGUGGAGACGUACAUAUGGAUGCAAUUAUGGAGACGUGAAGUUACUCAUAUGGAUGCAAUUAUGGAGACGUGA